AUGUCUGCAUCGCGCUACUUGAAGCACGGCGGCGGGGCUGAUGCUCUCUCGCCGGGCAAGGGCGAGGUGCUGGUUCGCGUGCGCGCGGCGAGCAUCAACCCGGGCGACUGGAAGGUGCAGUCGGGACUCGUCCCCUUCCUGCCGCGCCGCUUCCCCGCCACUGCUGGGUACGACCUUGCUGGCAACGUGGUGGCAGUGGGGCCUGGCGUUACCAAGUACACUGUGGGAGAUGCCGUUUUUGGAAGGGCACCGUUCUUCCACAGUACGCCAUACUGGAAACUGCCGGCAGUGCACGCAAGCCCUCCUCCCUCACCUUCGAGUCUGCCGCUGCUCUCCCCGUUGGUCUCACUGCCCUGGAAGCGGCGAGGGACCGGGCCGGCCUGCCCCUCCCUGUCCCUCCCUGCAACCAAACUGAGUGCGGAGCAUAACGGCAGCAACAUCACUAUCUCCGGUAGCAGGAGCAAUGGCAGUGGGAAGAUGGCGUGGGUGCUGGUGGCAAAUGCAUCAGGGGGAGUGGGGCAUAUGGCAGUGCAGCUGGCUAAGGCAGCAGGGGCACACGUGACUGCCACUGUAGGCGCUCGCAACCUCGCCUUCGCACGGAACGUUCUUGGGGCAGACGAAGUUUUCGACUACAAUUCCGCUGCAGGGAAACAGCUCUACCCCUCCUCAUCCUCAUCCCCUGUGCCUGUUUCCAGCCUUUCUGCUCCUACUGCUGCACAGGUUUCUUUGCCCUCCCAUCCUUCUAUCACUGGGCUGUAUGAUGCAGUAAUCGAUUUCUCCCCCAGCAGUCUAACUGUCUCUGCUGUGGACAGGGUUCUCCGUCCUGAAGGGAGGUGGGUGCAUGUGGAGCUUCCGCUCUCUCUGCUCGCUCUGGGACUCUGGCGCCGCCUUGCGCUUCGCCCCAGGAGAUUGUGCCCUGUGAUGAUGGAAAUGAUGGAGAACAAGGGGGCUGAUCUGGAGGUGCUGGGGAGGAUGGCGGAGGAGGGGAAGGUGAGGGUGGCGGAGCAGCAUGGGACGGCAUGUGACAGGAUGGAGUGA